AUGACGCAAGAAACGGAAGAGACUCGGCCACUGAACCUGUUUUCAGGCAUACGUGAGUGGAGAAAAGCUGAGGAAACUGGAGCUGACACACAUCAUCAAAAAAGACCCAAGGGUGAUCUCAAAGUGUUGGAUAGCAUACUGGAACAUAUCGGAGAUACUCCUCUGGUCAAG